UCUGUUUAGUUCAGUGAUUGGGCUAUUUUAAUGUAGCCUGAGCCAGUAGUCUAGACAAGAUAAAUGAAGUGUCUAGCCUGUAAGUUAGCACGAUUGCUGUGUACUAUUCUGACACCCUAUUUAGUAUGGUAGUAUGAGAUUUUGGGCGCAGCUGAUGUCUCAUCCCCCCACGUGUCUACGGGAAUAGACGCUCCUUCUGACGGGGAAAUUGUCCACGCCGAUUUCAUCCACUCAGGAACCAGUAAGUCAAAAGUGUCUGAAGCGUACAAUGUGUCUGUUUUUCUUUAUUUAACUCUAUUCUCUAUUGUGCAUUAUAUUUCAUUAGCUCUUUUAUCGAUUAAGGGUUUCACCAGUGGGGAUUUGAAACAGUGGCUGAAUGAUGAGAUGCAGUAAGGUGCAGCACAAAGGCUUUCUCUCCACAGAUAACCACAGCCUUGGCCCCUCUGAUUUAUCUAUUUGAUUUAGUUUAUUAUGAGAAUAAGCUACGUGGGUGUGAUAUUAAAUGAAAUAAAAUGACUACAGAACCAUUAUACAGAGGCGUGCACGGGCACGAUGCGCGCUCCCGUGCCACCAGAAUUACUACAACCUCAGACAAUACAUUAAAACGAUCAGAAGGCUAGCACACGAGGAGCCAGCUGACCCGGUCUUAACACAUUUCCGCCUUGUGCAAAGAUUUUUUUUCCUUCCAAUGUAGUCCAACAGCUAGUUAACACCAUAACUCAAAAUCUCUUUUGGUCGGCUGACGAAAAAUCACGAUGAAAUUUCCAGUUGAGAAUCCAAGGAAACAAGUGAACUGGAAUCCCAAGCAAGUGGUGGUUCAGACAAACAUGGCCAUUCCAAAGAAGCCACAGCCAGGUGUGGUACAGUCCUCCCUGGUCCAGGCCAGUGUAGCUGCCAUGCAGAACCCCAUGGUAUGUGAGGCAAUGGCAAAUGAACACUGUCCCCUGCCACGGCUAUCCAUCUCCUCACGCUCAGCGAGCAUAGUGGCCAGCAUGGAUGCCGUAGCCGAUGGCUCGGCCCUGCAUUCUGUGAUGAAGUGGAAGACGGUGCUGGCUGUGUUCGUGGUGGUAGUGCUCUACCUGGUGGGAGGUGGAUUAGUGUUUCAGGCACUAGAGCAGCCCUUUGAGAGUGACCAGAAAAAUACCAUCACACAGGAGAAAGCUCUGUUCCUCCAGGGGAACCCGUGUGUGUCCGCUGCCGAGCUGGAAGCUUUAAUCAAGCAUUCAAUAGAUGCAGUCAGUGCCGGGGUUAGUCCUAUCGGAGACACGUCCUAUAACUCCAGCCAUUGGGACCUCGGCAGUGCCUUUUUCUUUGCUGGGACCGUCAUCACAACCAUAGGCUAUGGGAACAUUGCUCCCAGCACUGAGGGUGGCAAAAUUUUUUGCAUCCUGUAUGCCAUAUUUGGAAUUCCUCUGUUUGGGUUCCUACUGGCUGGCAUUGGGGAUCAACUAGGGACCAUGUUUGUUAAGAGCAUUUUAAAGGUGGAAGGAAUUUUCCGGCAGAGACAUAGGCAGAUUAGUCAGACUAAAAUCCGUGUCACCUCCACCAUUCUCUUCAUCCUGGCCGGGUGCAUUGUCUUUGUCACCAUCCCAGCUGUCAUCUUCAAACAUAUUGAAGGCUGGACUACACUUGAGGCCAUCUACUUUGUCAUCAUUACUCUCACAACUGUUGGUAUUGGGGAUUAUGUAGCAGGUGGGGACAGAGUGAUUGAAUAUAAGAGGUGGUAUAAGCCACUAGUUUGGUUCUGGAUCUUAGUGGGUUUGGCGUAUUUUGCAGCAGUUCUCAGCAUGAUAGGAGACUGGUUAAGAGUCCUUUCCAAGAAGACUAAAGAGGAGGUCGGGGAGUUUAAGGCCCAUGCGGCUGAAUGGAAGGCAAACGUGCGUGCUGAGCUGCGGGAAACCCGGAGGCGCCUCAGCGUAGAGCUCCAUGACAAGCUGCAACGUGCUGCCACAAUUCGCAGUAUGGAACGCCGACGCCUGGGUUUGGAGCAGCGCGCACAAUCUCUUGACAUGCUCUCUCCAGAGAAAAGAGCCAUUUUCUCUAGCUUUGACAGGGGUCGCUUCACCACAUCCUCACAAGAGAGCAUUGAAAUAAAGCUGAGCAAUCUCCGAAUGAAGGCAGAGCAAUACAACAAGCAUACAGCCUCAGAGGAAAACAUCUUCAACCGCUUUGGCUCUCUGAGCAAGCUGGCCAAGCGCAACAGAAACAAAGACAUGCCGCCAAAUAUUGCAGAGGACGCAAUGCGACUCAGCAGCAACAGCAGCAACAACACGCUGGCUGAGGAGAGACAGGAGGCUCAUGAAGACGAGGAGCAGGAGGAGGAGGUGACAGAGAAAGAGAACAACACCAUGCUCACCGAUCUGUCACAAUACACUGAACAGCAUGAGCAGCUGAAUGGUUUUGUGCCUGCACAAGCCAAAGAGAGAGAGACAGAGAAAAUGUUGGUAGAGAGAGAGCAUCAGCCAUAGGCAAACCAAUUGAAAUGGGCGACAAGCGAUUCAUGAAUGCCACAGAAUGUGCCUUUCUGUUUUAUAAACAAUGGCUCAACUCAUGAAGAUGAAUCUUAGUCAGUGUCUCUUAUUCUCAAACAAGUUUUACAUCUUGGUUGCCAAAAACGUGAGUUAUCAGGGGUCAUACAAUUGUCAGUGAAAUCUUAUCAACUAUGAAUUAUGCUGUUUUUUGUUUUGUUUUUUGUUUUUACAAUUUCAGAAUUAUUUACUGCUAUUUACAGUGCCAGAGACUGUGAUAUAGCAACAUUUAUCUGUGUUUCAAAGAGGGGCUGUGACCAUGGCUUUCCAGGAGCCAUUUACAUGAAGAGAAACUGCUGCUGUAGCACUCAGUUGCUUUGUGUUCAGUUGUAUCUGAGAUGUAAGUUUACAGAGAGCAUGUCACAGACUUUAAUACACGUUUGGCUUUAAGCCCAUUUCAGAAAUAUAAAAUUGCAAACUGGUUCAAUAACACCUUGACUUAAAAUUCUGAAGAGUGAAACUUUGAUAUAAACAAUUUGAUGUUUCUUGUUGAAAUAUGCCAAUAUGCCAACAAUAAACAAGAUUACAGAUGAAGAUAUAGAAUUAAUAUCUGUGAAUGAAUGAUCCAUGUCUGUCAGAAUGUUCAAGUGCUAACAUGAUGUGUUAUAUUUAAAUGCAAAACUAGUUAGCAUGAAACAUCCACCCACCUGUUUGACUCAAGGACCUGUUUGACUAAAGAAUCUUCUACAUUUCUAUUUUGAUCUACAGCAUUUGGUGGGUACCCUUAUCCAGAGCUGUUUACACAAAUAUUCUGUCCAUUUAGGACAGAAUCAGCAUUGUUUUAAUUAGCCUAUAAAAUUAGCUUUACCGUGUUAGAAACAUUAUCAUAUGUGACUAGCUCAAAAUGUGUGAAACAAAUUUUUUAUCUUUUUGCAGUCAUUUUCAGAACAUUCAUCAUUUACUCAGGUUUAUUUCAGAACAAUCAGCAUAUAAUCGGCGUUGCCAACUUCAGUGUGUAUGGAG